AUGGAUUUCGAUGAAGAUGAACUAGAUUAUCAAAGUCAAGCAGAAGAAGAAUUCAAUGAAGACAAUUUAACAAAUGAAGAAUAUCAAUUAUUACAUGAUUUACUUCCACAAUUAAAACAAAAAUUAAAAACAUAUAAUGAUGAAAUACAUGAUGAAAAUUUAAAAGAAUCAUUAUAUUACAAUUACUUUGAAAUUGAACCAGCUAUAAAUGAAUUAAAAUCUCAAUUUAAGAAAAGUAUGUAUUACACUUAUCAACUCUUUCUAAUUUUUUAACCAAAUUAAUUUUCAUUUUCAUAUUUUUCAUUUACCAGCAAUAGAAAAAACUUGAGUCAAUAUGUCAAAAUUGGCACAAUUGGCAAAAUUAAGAUCACAACAAAGAACAGCUCAAUCACAAGCGAAAGAAAGUGAAGGAAUAAAAGAACUGAAAUUGAGUGCAUUAGCCAAAAGUCGAUCAGAUCAAAAAGUUACCCAGGGCAAUGAAUCCACAGCAAUUUUAGAUAGAUUAUCAAGUUCAACUACUCCAAAAUCACAAGAAUCAAUUAACGAACCAAUAUCUUCAGUAUUCAAAAAGAAAAAAGAACAACUACCGAAACCAGAACCUGAAAUUGAAAAGAAACCGACAUUGCCUAAUAUUCAAUUUGAUAUUUCAAUUGAUGAUACUAUACUACGAAAGAAACCAAAAGAUGUCUCAAUGUUUUAUUUCUCCAAAGAUGAAAAUGAAAAUAAAAGAAGAAAAUUACAAGAUUCAAUUUUCAAUUCAAUUACUAACCUUCCAUUAGAAAAGUUAAAUAAAACAAAAGAAAAUUUUUUAAAACCUUCACCAGACGAUGAAGUAUUAUCAGCUCAAAAAUCAGCAUUUGAAGGAAUAAAUAGUUUAAAACUAGAAGAUAAAAAGAGGGAGAAAGAGAAAGAAAAAUCAGUUGUUAAGACUACGAAGCCAUUUAAAAAAAUCGAUCUUGAUUCGGAGCUAUCUUCAAAUCCAAAAUAUUCAAAACCUCAAAAAUCAUUUGUUGUUAUUGGACACGUCGAUGCUGGUAAAUCAACACUCAUGGGUCGUUUAUUAUAUGAUUAUGGUAUAGUAGAUGCUAAAACUGUUAAUAAAUUAGUUAGAGAAGCCGAGAAAGCAGGUAAAGGUUCAUUUGCAUUAGCUUGGAUAAUGGAUCAAACAGAAGAAGAAAGAUCACAUGGAGUUACUGUAGAUAUAUGUGCUACUGAUUUUGAAACAAAUACAACUAGAUUUACUGCAAUUGAUGCACCGGGACAUAAAGAUUUUGUACCACAAAUGAUUUCAGGUGUCUCACAAGCUGACUUUGCUUUAUUAGUUGUUGAUUCAAUCACGGGUGAAUUUGAAGCUGGUUUUGCAAUGGAUGGUCAAACUAAAGAACAUACAAUACUAGCUAAGAACUUUGGAAUUGAAAAAAUUUGUGUAAUUGUGAAUAAAAUGGAUAAAGAACAAUGGAAUGAGAAUAGAUAUGAUAUCAUAAAACAACAACUAACUGAGUUCCUCACUGGUGAUGAUGUAGGAUUUAAAAGUGAUCAAGUCGAUUUUAUUCCAAUUUCGGGACUAACUGGUAACAAUGUAAUAAAAAGGGAUAAUUCAAUUGAAAAGUUUAAAUGGUAUAAAGGGCCAACUCUUGGGGAAUAUAUCGAGGAUGUGAAACUUGAGAAUAAAGUUGAGAAUUUGAAUACGGAAGAGUUUUACUUAUCUGUUCAUGACGUAUAUAAAGACAAGGGUGAAUUAAAAGUAUGUGGAAAAGUCUCAAGUGGUUAUAUUAAAUCGGGUGAGACGAUAAUAGCAUUACCAAGUGAAGAAUCACUACAAGUACAAUCCAUAAAGGUAAAUAAGUCAGUUGUUGAUUUUGCAAUCAGUGGAGAGCUCAUCAUUUUAAGUUUUAAAUCAUCACAAUUAUCAAAUGAAUCAGUUGAUCAAAUUAGAAUCGGUGAUCUAAUAACAAAACAAAAUUCAAGUGCCAAAACUGUUAAAAAAUUAAUUGCAAAUUUACAUUUAUUUAAUAUGGAUAAACCAUUAUUGGUCGGGAUGCCAUUUGUAUUAUUUAGAAAUAAUAGUCAAGUACCCGCACGAAUCUCCAAAAUUAUAGAAAUAACAAAUGGUAAGAAAAAGAAAAAGGUAUUACAUUUGACUUCAAAACAAGAUGCCAUUGUUGAAAUUGAAAUUGAUGGGAAUAUAUCAUUACCAAUUACGAAAUUUGAAGAUAAUAAAGUAUUGGGAAGGAUUGUUAUACGUAGAGAGGGGGUUACUAUUGGUGCUGGGACUGUAUUAGAGUAA